UGCAGAGGCGGGGAGUGUACAACAACAACAACGUGCGGAAGUAAUUUAGCGGGAGUUCACCACGCUCUAGUCCCUAAUCUCCAGCGUAUGUUUACUCAUAGCUUCGCACGGUGUGCAGAUUAUUGUGCAGAGCGUGUGCAUGGGCCAUCCUGUGUGACUGCAAGCUGGCUGAGACUUCUAAAAUAUAUAAAAAGAGACAGAUACACAGAUGGACACUGCUUUGCCUGUUGAAGAGGACUCUGCCAGUGUAGGUGCUGUAGAUCACACAAAUGAUUCACAGGAUACACAGAAUACACAAAGUUCCUCCAGCCAGGAACUCAGGCAAAAGGAGGACUGUGAGAAACAUAGGCAUGAAAGUCAGGAGGAGGGUGAAGUACUAGAGAUGGAUGAGAAAGACCAUCAGAUUAGCCAUGAAGAAGAUAAAGAAAAAAAGCCUGAAAUUGAGGGGACGAGUCCACAAGGAACAGACAUACAUGGAACAGACAUACAAGAAGAGCAUAUGGAGUCAAAGCAUCAAAACUGUGGGCAAGAACUGACAGAACGUGAGGACAUACCUGAGGAGAAGAAUAAUACAAGCCAGGAGGAGGAAGAGGAGAAGGUACCACAGGUAACUUCUGAUCUAAGCCUCCAGCAAGAGCCUGAUAGCGAUUUGAAGGAAGAGAGCACUGAGCAGGAGCACACUGAAUUGAAACAGAAAGAUAAAAAGCUGGAGAAGAAUUUCAUUGACAACAAGAAGGAUGAAGAAAAAGAGGUGGAUGAAAAAAAUAUGGAGGCAAUGGAGCAUCAGGUGGUGCAGGAGACAUCAGAGGAAAAGAACAACAAAACAGAAGAAAUGGAGCACGAUAGUUCAGAGCAAUAUCAGGAACCCAAAGACAAGCAAGUAACUGAAGAGAACAAACAGGAUGGUUUAGUUGGGACAGUUAUGCCUGAAGUAGAGGACAUAAAGAACGACAGCUCUGCUGGAAUAGCAAUGGAUGUCGGUGACGCAGAAGAGAAGAUGCAGGUGGAUGAUCCAGAAGAUGCAGAACCUUUUGUGAACGUAGUCUCAGUUGAAGCCAAAGCCGAAAGCCCGUUUGAAGAGCAAAGUUCUGAGUUGGUUUCUAAAAGCUCAUCACAAGACUCGUCUGACAGUUUGAAUAAAACAGAAAACCAUUCAAAUCAGGAUUUGAAGGAUUGGGCGAAGGAACUACCAGCACACACACCAGAGCAUUCUGUUCAUCCUGAAACAGAGGCUGAGAAAAAGAUGGCUCCUCCCACUUCUGGCUCCCCUCUUGUGAAGAUCAAGGAUGAACCAAUGGAUGAGGAAUAUGAGAAAGCUCUUGGUCCUCAGGCUCCAGCUGGAAAGAUAAAGGACGAACCAGACACAUCUGAAGAAUUUGGCCAGAAGACCUCAGAGCAGAUAAAGAUCAGCGCUGUGUUCUCCGUCGGUGGAAGCUCUACGUCAUUAGGCUCUCCAGCUGUGGCUGCUGCAGCAAAUGCACCAUCCAACGCCUCAGUGCCCAUCUCGAAUCUAAACUCUGCCACAUCUCUGUGUGUGGUGUGUUCAGGCUGUAAAAAAAUCCUACUUAAAGGCCAGACAGCUUUCCAGCGUAAAGGCAGCCCUCAGCUUUACUGCUCACCUCGCUGCCUCUGCAGCAGCGCAUCCACCGAGUCUGUGCCCCUGCCUAGCUCUAAAAAAACCUGUCAUUACUGCCUCAAGGGCAUUCCCAACCCAAAGGAUGUAAUCAUUGCCCCUGUGGAUUCGGCAAAGUCACUAAAGGAUUUCUGCAGUCAGAAAUGUCUCAGCGCCUUUAACUACAAGAGGGAUAGUGCAAAUUCUGCGCUUGCAACGAAAUGCAGCAUGUGUCAAAAAGCAUGCACUAUUCGCCAUGAGGUGAACUUCAUGGGCAGUGUCCAUAAGCUUUGUGGUGACGCCUGCUUUCACAAGUUCCGCGCCUCCAAUAAGCUCAGUAUGAACUGCUGCGUAACUUGUGGAGGAUACUGCUACAGCGGCGAGGGCAAAAGUCCAUCUUUGUUAGUCGAUGGCACUACUAAGAAGUUUUGCAGCCAGAACUGUAUCUCCACAUUUAAGAAGAAGUACACGAAGGUUGUGCCUUGCACGAUGUGCAGAGUUUAUCGUACCAUAACAGAAAUGGUGGAAAACAUAAAUUCAGAGGGCAGCACAGAGCUGUUCUGCUCCUCUGCAUGUGUGACUGCUCACAAAGUGCAGACGGUCAGCUCAUCAGGUUCUGCUCUGGAAUGCAACCACUGUAAGAAGGUUCUAGUGCCUCAGUAUCACCUCGCCAUGUCCGAUGGUUCCAUCCGCAACUUCUGCUGCUUCACCUGUGUUAUAUCGUUUCAGGAUGCCUUCAACAAGACAAAUACUCAGAGCAACCAGCUGAAUGUUGCUCCUUCUCUGAGUACUGCUCACUCGAAGUCUGCUCCCGCAGUGCAGUCUGUAUCUGCAGAGUCCAGCUCACCCAACUUAACCCAAUGCCCAUCAGUGACCAAAUUCUCCUGCGCACAGUGUCAGCGUUUAUUCUUCUCCAAGCCUGAGCUGCUGGAGUUUAAGGGAAAAAUGUACGUGUUCUGUGAUAAGACUUGCAUUGAUGAGUUCAGGAGGACCCACUACAUCAUGGCACAGUGUGUGUACUGCAAAAUCGAAAAGGUGGUGAAGGAGGUGAAGAGGAUUAACAAUGUGGACUGCUCGUUCUGUAGUGAAGGCUGCAAACUUCUCUACAAGCAUGACCUUGCUAAACGCUGGGGAAAGAGGCACUGUCGCAACUGCCUCUACUGCAGCAGCACUUCCCAGACUGUAAUGACCAGCAUCUUUUCUGGUAAACAAGAGGAGUUCUGUGGGAAUGAAUGCCUCUCCCAAUACACAUUGUUAUUCUGUGAGGUGGCCAAAUGCAGCAUGUGCAAGCGUUCCAGGAAGAUGACUGAGUCAGUAAAAUGGCUGAAUGAAAUGAAGCACUUCUGUAAUCUGAAGUGUCUGAAGUACUUCUGCAGCCAGCAAGCAUGCACUACAGCCUCUCCUGUAACUGCAGCCAAAACUUCUCAUACACAAGCCUCGACAGUGCCAAUCUCCAUAGCACCUGCAACCCAUUCCAGCGUCACCAACAUAACAACUCUCUCAUCACUGGCUCCAAAAGAGGCCACGCCUGUUAUCGCCAAUGUUAUAUCACUAUCAAAUGCCACCAAUGGACAGCCUAGUGUCCUGGGAAGUGCAGCACUGCAAGGAACCGUCCCUGCUGUUGUGAAGCUGUUAGGACAUGCCAGCACACAGACGGAUAGUGUGAAGCCACCCUCCGCUCCGCCGAGAAUCCUGAAGAACAAAGCUUUGCUCUGCAAACCAAUGAACCAGAAUAAGGGCACGUCCUGCAAACCCAACACUUCUGAUAUUAACACACAAACAGAUGAAACCCCACCUAAAGUAAUAGUGUUACCCUUACCGGUGCCGGUGUUUGUUCCUGUGCCUAUGCACCUCUACACACAGUACACACCACACCCUGUUGGACUUCCUUUUCCGGUGCCAGUGCCCAUGUUUCUGCCCACUACUCUGGACAGCGCUGAGAGAAUAGUGGAGACAAUUCAGAAGAUAAAAGAGAGAAUUCCAGACAACCCACUGGAGGCCGACCUGAUCAUGAUGGCAGAGAUGGUGGCAGAGGACAGUGAGAAGGACAAAGCUGUCUCCCAAGGAGACCAGGAUGAUAAUUUUAUAGAAGAUUUCGACUUGGAAGCCCUCUCCAGCCACCUAAGUUGGGAAGAUGACAGCAUCUCGAGUGCCUCCCGAUGGGGACGUAGCUCAGAGUCCGAAAAAGUGGCUCCAUCCAGACAGGUACAGCAGUCUCCCAGCCCACCCCCACAAGAGCCACAAAUGGACCUGGAGGCAGAUUUUCCAGUCGAGAGCUUUGAGCAUUUGGAACACCGCACACCAGAGGACAAGUCCGUAACUACCACCAGACCGAAAACACGCAAGAAGAACCGUGAUUGUUUCUCUCCGAAAAAACGAGCCCGUAAACGUACAGAAGCUCCUCAGUCAUCAGCAGCUGAUGUUCAGCACCCGACCAGAGUGCACACUGAGUACGGCGUUCAGGCGUGGAAGAGCUGGGUACGCUGGAGGGAAACGCAGCCUAAUAUGGAGAUGCCCAAACUUGGCUCACGGAACAUUACAAUAAAGGAGGACCUGUUACAGUGCAGCACGGCUGAGCUAAGUUACGGCCUAUGCAAGUUCGUCGAUGAAGUUCGCCGCCCCAGUGGAGAAAAGUACAGUCCAGACAGCAUCUAUUACCUCUGCUUAGGUAUUCAGCAGCACCUUUUUGAAAAUAGCAGAAUGGAGAACAUCUUUGCUGACUGGUUCUACACUAAAUUCAGUCAAACUAUGUCCAGUUUACUGAAAGACUGGAAACCCACUAUACUUCCCAGUGGCUACGUGCACUCUCGAGUGGAAGAAGAAUAUCUGUGGGAGUGUAAGCAGUUGGGCGCUUUCUCACCGAGCGUGCUCCUCAACACUCUGCUUUACUUCUGCACCAAGUUCUUCAACUUUAAGACUGUAGCACAGCACCAGCGCCUUUCCUUCGCCCACAUCAUGCGCUGCACUCGUUCACACAGCAAUGGGAGCAAGAUGUCCUGCCUCCGCUUCUACCCUCCUGUGCACAAAGAAAACAAAAACACAUCGAAUGAAGAUACAGAUGGAGUCCCUGCCAAGAGGAAAAGAGAAGAGGAAGAGGAGGAAGGAGUGGUGCUGGAGAUGCAGGAGAAUACAGAAAACCCUCUCCGCUGUCCUGUUAGACUCUAUGAGUUCUAUCUCUCCAAAUGCUCAGGCAUGGUGAAGCAACGCACGUCUGUCUUUUAUCUGCGUCCCGAGCGCUCGUGUGUCCCCAACAGCCCCUUGUGGUUCUCCCACAUGUCACUGGAUGAUGGGGAGUUGGAGAGCAUGCUCACUCGUAUCCUCACCGUUCGAGAGAUCCACCUGGAGAGAGAGAAGCCCCUGAACGUGUCUGAACCAGAGAACCAAUCUGAUUCAGAAUAAUCCAACUCGUACUUUUACAGACUACAGGCUUUAAAACAGUGGAGCUCUUAUCUUCUAGCAGGAGGAGAUAAAAUCCUCUGGAAAGGGUCUUUUUAUGUUACAUAGCCACUUUGUGCUGUGCUGAGUGCUUGCUGUGGUUGUUAUGCUGGCGGAGACGUUGAGGACGUAGCAGUGCUCGGUAAUGAGAACGUGGCUGGACUCCAAAUCCAUGAGUGCACAAUCUUCAUUUCAGUUCUGUAGAUCAUUCUGCGGUGCUUAUUGUUCAGUUUUCUGUUUAUCAUUGUGUUCAAAAUGGUUCACAUUUAUGUAAUAAAACAUCACAUUAUCUGAAAUCACACCAUUAUAACAUCUGACACAUUUGAAGAGUCGCUUCGGUUCCGAGUGGCAAAGCAUGAUACUAACUGUUGUAUAGUGCUUUUCAAUUACCUGCGUGUGUAAGCUAAUUUAUAUACAUUGUGAAAACCAUUCAGUCACUUCUUGUGGUAUUCAGCAACACUACAAUAGAUUGUCUGUUUCAGAGUUUGACCCAUUUUUGUCAGAGUAUGUAUUAUGUUUUUCAAUCUGUGUUUUGUUUGAUUUUUUGAAAUCAGACCCUGUCUCAAUGCGUGUCUCAGAAUGCCUCCACACUUCUCUCAGAUUGAGUUUGAGUCCACAUUUUAUUUUGUUUCUUUUCUUUUUUUUUUUUUUUUUUAAUGGCUAAAAACCAUGAGCCAGCAAAUCCUUUUAAUAAUUCAAACAAUUAAUAUGAAAAAAAAUAUAUCAUGUUUCAUGAUUUUUGAAAAAAAAAAUAAUAAAAAUGAAAUACUAAUGAAGCUUUUCUCUGCGGUGCUACAGGAUACAUCAUAUUUUGUUAUUUCGGUGAUGUCACUGCAC